AUGGAUAUCCAAAUACUCUCUGACUUGCACCUGGAAUCGCCCUCAGCAUAUGAUCUUUUUACCAUCCCGCCAAAAGCUCGCCAUCUCGCUCUGCUAGGCGACAUAGGCAAUGUACGCGACAGGGGGUUCUUCCCCUUCAUUGAGAUCCAACUCCGGCGAUUUCAGACCGUUUUCUUUCUCUUGGGGAAUCACGAGCCAUAUCAUUCUAGCUGGGAAGAAUCAAGAAAACAAGUCACCAACUUUUCUCAAAAAGUCAGUCAGCGCAAAGCUGAAGGCUUCGGAACAUUCGUUUUCUUAGAUCGGACAAGGUAUGAUGUAUCUGCUGAUACCACGGUCCUUGGGUGCACGCUGUACUCGCAUGUCCCUACCCAGCACGAGGACGCAGUUGGUAUGGGAUUAAACGACUUCUUUCAGAUUGAUGGAUGGUCGGUGGCAGAGCAUAAUGAUGCUCAUGCCGGUGAUUUAGCAUGGCUGAAUGAGCAGGUCUCUUCUAUCACGACUUCGGAGCCUGGAAGGAAAAUAGUCAUUUUCACUCAUUAUGGCCCUAUUGCUGCUGAUGGAAGAGCUACCGAUCCUAUGCAUAUAGGUAGUCCAAUCAGCACGGGAUUUGCGACGGAUUUGACAAGUGAGCAAUGCUGGAAGAGUCCAAGCAUAUGUCUCUGGGCAUUUGGGCACACGCACUUCAACUGUGACUUUACUCUCGAGGUAGAAGGCUCCACGAGGAGAAUAUUGACAAACCAACGCGGAUAUUACUUCAAACAAGCACCGAACUUCGAUAUUGGAAGAGUAACAAAUGUUUAG